CAGCAGAAUUAGUCAUGGGCUGCACACCAUCCAAAUCCAACGUCACCUACUCUCAUGUGCGCGUGAGUCGAGAUCUGGACACCUGUUCUACGUUUGUGCCCAGUUUAAAGAGCUCCAUUUCUACACCAGAGAGGCCUUCGCCUCAGCUCUGUCUUGAGACGGCCAGUGGGAAGCAAACUUUUCUGAGUGUUCCUAGUCCUGACUGUUACGGGCGCUCCGUGAGUCAGCCCAGCAGCCCGGACGUAUGGAGCACUGUCAGCACCGGCAGCCCGUUCGGUUCGACUCGACCAUGCGUACAGCCGAGCUGCACUUACAGCGACUCUGAGGACGACAGCGCGGCACCCGGCAGUAAACGAUGACAGUCAUGGUCGUUGUUUUUAUGCCUCCCCAACCCGCUGAAAUGAAGAGAUUUUUUUUUUUCUCAGAACAGAGGGGAAACUUGAGUAAUAUAUUAAUUAGUAUCUCUCUUCCGUUUCUUUUUUUAAAAUGAAAAUAUUAACCAUAUACAUAGGCUACUGCCUAUAUAACCCUAUUCUAUUUAGCUUUAAUUUAUAAAAAUAACGUAGCACUGCCCCAUAGUUCUGUUUUAUCAAUUUAUUGUAUAAACAAAAUACAACAAACCUAUUCUUAAAAUGACAAGAGAAUAAACGCUAAUGAGCAAGCCUCGCGGUAUUUGGUGGUGAAUUCCCGCGAGAGUUAGCGGAUUUCGGACAGCGAAGAGGGCGAAAUGGAGAUAUGAGGUCUGAAAAGGAGCAGAGGACAGGAAGCAGGGAGAGAGGCAGCGUCGAGAUUCAGUUCAGGGAUUGUCAAAGGGAGCAGGACAACGUCGCGGUGAACCCGAAGCACAAGGAGGAGAAAAAGGAGAUAUUCACCAAGGUUGUCAUACGCCGACUGCCACCCAGUCUAUCAAAAGACCAGCUCGAGGAGCAUCUGAGUCCUCUUCCAUCUUUUGACUAUUUUGAGUUCUUCCCCGCUGAUCAGAGCUUAUAUCCGCAUCUCUUCUCAAGAGCAUACAUCAACUUCAAAAACCAAGAGGAUAUCAUUAUUUUCAGAGAUCGUUUUGAUGGCUACGUAUUCAUUGACAAUAAAGGCCAAGAGUAUCCAGCUGUUGUAGAAUUUGCCCCAUUUCAGAAGGUUUCCAAGAAAAAGUUAAAGAAGAAAGAUGCUAAAGCAGGAACUAUUGAAGAAGACCCAGAAUACAGGCGAUUUCUGGAAAACUACUCUUGUGAUGAAGAGAAAUCCAUGGCCAACCCAGAAACACUACUGGGAGAGAUUGAAGCUAAAACCCGAGAACUUAUAGCCAAAAGGACGACACCCUUGUUGGAAUACAUCAAAAACAAGAAAUUGGAGAAACAGAGAAUAAGAGAGGAAAAAAGAGAGGAGAGGCGAAGGAGAGAACUGGAAAAGAAGCGGCAAAGGGAGGAGGAGAAGAGGAAACGCAGAGAGGAGGAGAGACGAAAGCGGAAGGAGGCUGAAAAGCAGAAGAAACUGUCUGAAAAAGAGAUUAAGAUCAAGCUUUUAAAGAAGUGUGACCGAGACGAUGAUGUGGACUCAGACAGACUGAAAGAUAAAGGAGACAGUGGAGAGAUAGAAAAGAACAGAUGGGAAAAGUCAGCAGGACACACUAAGUCAAAGGAUUCGAAGGAUAAUAGGAGUCAAAUCGAAAGUGACAAGGAGCAGCGGGAAGGUCACGGCCGUCGGCAGAGGGACAAAGAGCAUCGCGGCAGAGACGAGGAACGUAAACGUCAGAGGCAUCACUACGAGUUUGACAAGUUCAUGCGACGCAAGGAGGAGACCAAAUGGGGCAAAGGCUACUGCCAGGACAGGGCCAAGAAAGAACAACAUCAUGGCUAUUCCUACUGUCCAGAGACCGGAGACAAACUGGGCAAAGAAGAUCGAGAAGACCUGGGCAGCAGGAAAGAACGGAUUCGCAAUAAGUCUGUGUUAGCGCAUCAGGAGAAAAGGACUUCCCAGUCUGAGGGGCCAGACCAGAUAGGAGGGGCUCUGCCAGCAAAGGACCGACCAGCAAUGCAGCUGUACCAACCUGGUGCCAGAAACCGCAAGCGCAUGGGCUCCGGGAACAAGGCCUUUGACUUCCCGCCGAUCUCUCCUGAGCACGGAGGAGAACAUUGCUACAAGACGGUCAUUGGUACAGGCUCAGAAAAGAGUGCUGACGAGUGAAAAAAGACCACAACAGGAAGAAUCAUGCUAGUGUAGAAGAACACUCAACUUCAACCUUGUUUUUUUUUUGUCUUCUGAGUCAUCUGUGAGUAUAGUGCAUUGAAAUCAAGUGUCAUAAAUGUAAAAUGAUCGGCUUCUGUACGCUUAUCAAGGAUUCACACCACUUCAUUCAGACAAAUACCUCAUUAUUUACAGAGAUCAGAUUUGUAUGCCUUUUGUAGUGCAAGAAAUUGAUUCCAUUAAAUGAGAAUAUAUAUAUAUAUAUAUAUAUAUAUAUAUAUAUAUGAUUCCACUGUAAAGAAAUCAGUAUGUGUUGUGAAAUCUGUAUUUUAAAUAAAUGUAAUGUGGGAUGGGGAAGAGAGACAUAUUUUUUUCCUUUAAGAAUAUAAAAAUGCAACAAUGUAUUAUUAAUGAAACAUUUAAGCAUGUAACUCUUAAUUCCACAUUUUCACACUGUAAUGCCUUUGAAUGAUGCCUCUGUUGUCCCUGUGGCAUUGUGGCUUUUCUGCAUUAAAUUCAUCUCACAACAGGAUAUAGCAAAUUUCAUAGCAUCGUUUCACAUGCGGGCCAAGAAGAACAAAAUUAUUUGUUAAAACUGUCUUCUGUUAGGUCAAAUAAGAUGUUGUUUUGUGAUAUUUCUAACCAGUGUGCAUGUUUUUGAGAAACUGCAGUCAUUCAGCGGUGGGAGGCUACAUGGGGUCACUUGCCUUACCUUUGAUUUGCACUUAAAGAUCCUGUCCGUUAUUAAAUACAAAAAUCCAGGUUUUUAGAAUUAUUGUUUAGUUAUAGUCCAACAAAAAAGUGAAGUCUGUAGAAUACUUUAAAGAUGUGAUAUUGUAUUUGAUGGAUUGACCAUUUGUGUGCAAUAAAGAUAUAUGAUUAUAUAAAGUAA